AUGUAUACCAGUCACUCCGAUUACAAUUCCACUAAGACCUCAUGGGGCGGCCAAAAGGUCGGUGUAGUGGGCCGUACGGGUGCCGGCAAGUCAUCGCUCAUCUCAACCCUAUUCCGACUGACAGAGCCCUCCGGGGGUCGGAUCGUAAUCGACGGCAUAGACAUCGGGCGGAUAGGGUUGCGUGACUUGAGGUCGCGGGUGUCGAUCAUACCGCAGGAGCCGACAAUAUUCGCGGGCACUUUGCGGCGAAAUCUCGACCCAUUCGGCGAGCGGCCGGACGACGAACUCUGGGCCGCUGUCGAUGCCGUACAGCUCCGAAGCGUUGUGAUGGCAACGCCCGGCCUAUUGGACGGCGAAGUAAGCGAAGGCGGCGCCAAUUUGAGUGUCGGUCAGCGCCAGUUGGUAUGCCUGGCGCGGGCUAUACUGCGCGACAAUAGGGUACUGGUGCUCGACGAGGCCACCGCUAAUGUCGAUCACCGCACGGAUGCGCUCAUACAGCGUACUAUUAGGGAUAAGUUUGCCAAUUGUACGGUCAUUACGGUCGCCCAUAGGAUCAAUACCAUCAUCGACUCCGAUGUUAUCAUGGUGUUAGAGGCCGGUGAGUUGGUUGAGUGGGGAAUGGCAUAUGAUUUGCUGCAACGGCCGGACAGUAGUUUCGCUAAACUGGUGGACAAUACGGGUAGACAAAUGGCCGCCCGAUUGCGGCGAAUGGCCCGUCAGUAUUACCAGCGAACCUGUGCUGGCGAUGGCGGACACGACCUGAUCGUCGGCAGUGAUGGUCCAGAAGUGGUGAAUGAGAGCACCUGUAGUGUGCAUUCGGAUGAGGAAACUUAA